AUGGAGAACAUCAACGUCUCCGAGCUGGCGGAGCGGCUGGGCAGCGACGAGGACGCGGUGCGCAAGAUGGCGGUGUUCAAGCUGCAGUCGAACAUCGGCGAUCCGUCGUUUGCCGACGUGUUUAUUGCCGAAGCCGGCCUGGUCAAGCUGAAGCACCUGGCCAUGACCGCCACCGGCAACACGCUGGCGUACAGCCUGACGUCGUUUGCGCGACUGCUGGAGGUCGAUAAGGGCUGGGAGGUCGUGGAUGAACCGUUUAUUGAUCGCAUCGUACAACUGAUCGUGACGCACCCGCUGGUCAACAUCCUGCGCGGCGCCAUGUCCAUCCUCGUCUCCAUCGUCUCGCACCCGCACAGCGCUGGCCGCGGCUCCAUGGACGGCUACUCCGGCCACUUCGGCUUCCAGGCGCUCAAGCCCGCCAUCGCCACGCACCCGCCCUUCCUCGAGAUGCUCGUCAGCCGGCUCUCGUCCGCCGACCACGCCCUGUGCGCCAACGCCCUGCAGCUCAUCAACAGCCUCAUGCGCGACUCCAUCAUGUCGCAGGGCGAGGCCGAGUGGCCCAAGUUCAUCAAGCGCCUGCAGGACCUGGGCGUCAUCCGCGCCGCCUACGUGCUCAUGCAGGGCUCCGCCCUGCACGAUCUGGCCCAGCCGCUGCUGGAGUUCCAGUCGCUGACCAAGGUGCUGCUGAAGAAGUGGCGCGAUUGCCCCGUCGAGCUGGAGAAGACCGAGCAUCGCAGAGCGCUGAAGGGUAUCCACCUGGCGAGCAAUCCGGAAAAAUUGGCGCCAGAAGCCGCUGGUUCUGCAGCUGUUGCUGUUGCUGCUACUGCUGCGAGUACGGGCUCGAGAAGGCAUAAUCCGUAUAAGUGGAGGCGUCUAGGGUUUGAGAGUGAGAGUCCGCAGUGGGAUUUUCAGGAGAUGGGGUUCCUGGGCAUGAUGGACUUGACUGAUUUUGUGAGGAAGCAUCAGGACCAAUUUCAAAAGAUGCUGCUGGAGCAGUCGACGAGGCCUGCUGAGCAGAGAUGCCCGAUCGCCAGGGCGUGCUUGGCCGUCACGGCUAUCUUGUACGAGCAUUUUGAAGUUGACAAGGCGGACUUAGAAGACCCCAAGGGCUAUUUAAUACUUGAAUCGAGGUCGAACCUCGACAAAAUAUUCAAGCCACUGCUGCUCCAUUGGCCGCGGCUACAUGUUGCUGGACUGCAUGCUUUCUUUCGAUUAUGGAAAGCAACGGGCGCUGAGGUCGAGGACUUUUCCAAGAUUGCAGAACUCGUGCGGAUUCUUGUCGAGUCUGUGGUUGGCGGAGCCACGCGCACAAAAGAUGUCCAAGAAAUCGAGGAAGAGAUGGCCGAUUUCGAAUACCAGAGGCUCAGGGAGCUGCAGAUGGAGCUUCUGGAGCUGACGUACGAAGAUGUCUGGGGCCAGCAUCUGCACCAGGUUCGAGAGGAGCUGCAUCAUGAAGCGCUGCAGUUUGUCAAGGAGCAGCGGAUACGGUGCUUACUGCAGGGGGCGUGGUUCCCUAUGGACGUAACUGCUAGAGGCGAGAAUGGCGUCUCGUCGAAGGCGGAGAUGAAGCGGAUGAAUUCGGUGUCAUCGUAUCGAUAUGCCCAGCUAUCGCACAACAGACGUUUCUUGCAUUAUGCUGAUUUUGAUUCUAUGGAUAAUACCAUCCCUGACAUAGACGCCCUUGCACAAAAGAUUGACCUUAAUACCGUCUCCUCCGUUGUUUCCAACGUAUCAGCUUCACCCGACGACUCUUCCGGCUCCACUAUCAAAACCCUCCCCCACACGUCCUCCUCUACCAGAAUCACAAUUCACGGCUACGUACCGAACCCAUCUUCUUCGAGCACCACUCCCAAAGCCUCCACUCUCAACGCCUCCGCGUCCACCAUCAGCCGCCAGCGUUCCAACACGACAAAAACGAACAGCACGCAGAAGGAAAUCGUUCUCCUCGCGCUGCAUCCGCAGUCGCACAGCGUUGCCUCCGAGUGGCUGGAUGGUUUGCUGAUGCUUCUGAACCAGCAGCCGAUCACGGCGGAGACGAACAAGCUGAUCAACCUGGUGAGCAACUACGGGCUGAAGAUUCGGCUGCUGAAUGUGCGCUUUGACGACGCCACGUUUUCUGGAGACUGUCCGGAGAUCCCGAGCAGGGAAGGGCUGGAUGAGGAUUAUUUCUAUGAUAUCCUUGGUGGAUCCUAG